GCGCCUCCCGGGCGCUGGCUCCGCGGGAGGGCGGCGGCGGCGGCGUGUCGGGCCCGGGCCGGGUCGGGCUCCGGCUGCAUCUCGGGCCGCUGCGCCGGGCACCUGUGGCGGCCGCAGGAGCAGCGCUUCCGCCGGCCUGCGCGGCCCCGGGCGGGCGAGCGGGGAGCGGGUGCCUCCUGGGAAGCCCGGGCAGAUGGUCCUCGGAGGAAGAAGCUCUGGGGCUGGUGCCGGCCUGGGCCUCUCUCCGGCCGCCAUGAGCACCCGCCCGCAGCCCUUGUCGCGGAGCUCGUCCAGCCUGCUGGGGGACGGUGGGGGGCGUGCCCCCGAGCUCCGCAAGAGCGCCAGCAGCACCGUGUGGCAGGCCCAGCCUGGUGAGGCGAGCGGCGGGCCGCGCGUCCCCGAGGAAGAGGAGCACCACGUGGAUGGUGCGCCGCAGCCCCCGGCCCCCAGCCCCCGGGUCCGGGCCGUGGGCCACUGGCGGAGCAGCACUGUGGGCAACAUGUCAACCGUGGGCCAUGGGGACCUGUGUCGCCUGAGGACCGCCGGGGCCGCCGCCACGCAGAGGAGCCACUCGGACCUGGUGCGGAGCCCGCAGGCCCGGGGCCACGGUGCCGCCCGGAAGGCCAGCCUCAGCUGCUCGGCCGUGGGCGCCUCACCCGUCCACGCGGCUGAGCUGCAGCCGGGCGGUGCCCCCGCGGGCUUGGAGGGGGGCCCGGCUUCCGAGGAAGGGCCGGCGGACUCAGCCGGGACGCUGGCAGGGAGUGGGGCGUGGUUGGCAGGGACAGCCCCCUGGAGCGGCAGCCCCCAGGCCAGGCCCGUGGCCACUGCGCAGCAGGCCACCGCCUCCUGCCACACCCUGUCCCCGGCAGCGGGGGCCGGAGGCUGCUGCCCUGCCCUGCCUGCCCCGGGGGUCCCGGCCUUUCCCAAACUGGUGGCGUCUGUGAGUGAGUCCGGGCUGCAGGCUCAGCAGGGCGGGACAUGCCGGUGCAGGUUACCUGGGGGGCCCCCCGGGCUCUCCUGCUGCUGUGCCCACCCUUGGGGUCCCGCCGCGUGCACCAUGGGGCCUGCUGCCAGGACCAAGGACGUGUGGACCAUGACUUCAGCCAGUGACUUGGGCCCCGUGUCGGCUUCCUGUCCGUCAGCCCAGGACGCGGGCGUGCAGGCAGCGCCCCUGGCAGCGUGCAAGGCCGUGGCCACCAGCCCGGCCCUGGAAGCCCCCGGGGCCCUGCCCACAUUCCCAGAGGUAACUCCGGGGUCCAGCCUGGAGGAGGCCCCAUCCCCUGUGCGGGAUGUGCGGUGGGAUGCCGAGGGCAUGACCUGGGAGGUGUACGGAGCCGCCCUGGACCCCGAGGUGUUGGGCGUGGCCAUCCAGAAGCACCUGGAGAUGCAGUUUGAGCACCUGCAGCGGGUGCCCGCCAGCGAGGACAGCCUGGGGGGGGGGCGGAGGGGCCCGCUUCGAGCCGUCAUGCAGUCCCUAUGGCGCCCCAGCUGCUGUGGCUGCUCCAGCGCCGCCCCCGAGUGACGCGGGGCCAUGGGUUGGGGACGCUGGGGGUGCUAAGCUCCCGGGACCUGCAGCCCAGGACGGUGUCUGCUGCCCCGACUGCCCUGACCGAGCUGGGGGCUGCCCCGCCCUGCGCUCCCUGCCGCUCCCCGAGCGCCCCAUGCCUGCCCCCCCGGGCUGCGAACCCUGGACAGGCUCCCCACCAGGGACGGCCUGACGCUCUGUCCCCAACCCCGCUGGCGUUUCCCCAGGACUUGGUGGCUUUCUUUGGAAGCAGUGCUGGGCCCUGACCAACUCCUCUUGCGACCAGACGGCUGGGUCCUCAGGGAGGGGCUGCACUGUCGGGGACCCCCUGGGCUGUCAUGGGGGGGCGCCUACCUUGCUGGGUGCCCACCUCUAGCCCCACCCUCUGGAUGGAACCAGGGAGAUCUGGCGAGGCCGCGGCUGCCGUGCCGGGCGGCCUGCUGGGGGGUAGCUGUGACCCACGCAACACAGACCCGGGGCUGCUCUGUCCCCUGAAGCAGGUGGCUGGUGGGGCAGAGCCGCCCCCAGGAAAAUCUCCAGGUCAGGGUCGUGUGCGGGGCCGCGCCAGGCUGUCUGCACCCUCGCUGGGCUGACGGCUUUGGGAGGUGGGCGUUCUGGAAGGGUGGGGGGGGUUGCUCAGAGCUCGGCCCUGUCCCCGGGGGCGCUGAGGGCUGAUUCCUGGUGGGUGC